AGGAGACGAACCCUCCCGCUCCAACCUUCACUUUCUCGAGCCUAGUGGCUCCUGCCGGUGGUGGACUGCGAUCUCUGGAAGUGGAGCUUGUGAGUCGAGGGCUCUUGCUCUCCCUUCCCCGCCUUGCCCUUCUCGGCCAGUUAUGCAGACUCCCUGUGGUGGUUGCUGCUGCUCCUGCUGCUCCUCCUGCUGCUGUUAGGAUCCGAUGCUGGCCGCUCCGGAGCCAGGGGAUGGAGAUGGGGGGCUGAUCAUCGCCAGACGACGGUGAGAAGGGAAAGGAGAGAAAGAGCUGGAGAGACGGGGGCGCUGAUCCACUUGGGUUCAGCGCGAAGCGCGCGUGGGCUUCAGGCUGCUGCUCGGGUCUCCCUCCUCUUCCCACCGCAGGAAGCCCUCUCGUCUCUAAAUGGAAUUAGUGGAGAUCGAAGCCCCUUGUGUAAGGAACAGACAUGAUCCAUGGGCGCAGCUUGUUUCACAUUGUAGCAAGUUUUAUCAUCCUACAUUGGGCUGGGGCAACAAAAAAAGGAGCAGAAAAGCAAACCACGUCAGAAGGACAAAAGACAGUGCAGUGUGGAACGUGGACAAAAUACCCAGAAGGAGGCAUCUUCACUUCUCCCAAUUACCCCAACAAAUAUCCUCCUGAGAGAGAGUGUGUCUACAUUAUAGAAGCUGCCCCAAGACAGUGUAUUGAGUUACACUUUGAUGAAAAAUAUUCCAUAGAGCCUUCGUGGGAGUGUAAAUUUGAUCAUAUUGAAGUGCGGGAUGGACCUUUUGGAUUUUCCCCAAUAAUUGGUCGUUUCUGUGGACAACAAAACCCACCCAAAAUAAAAUCCAGUGGUAGAUUCCUGUGGAUUAAAUUUUUUGCUGAUGGUGAACUUGAAUCUUUGGGAUUUUCUGCACGAUACAAUUUUACACCUGAUCCGGAUUUCAAGGACCUUGGGGUUUUGAAACCAUUGCCAGUUUGUGAGUUUGAGAUGGGAGGAUCUGAAGGAAUUGUGGAAUCUGUGCAAAUUGGGAAAGAAGGGAAAGCUUCGGACACUGAGGCAGUUGAUUGUAAAUGGUACAUCCGAGCACCACCAAGAUCCAAGAUAUAUUUACGGUUCUUGGACUAUGAAAUGCAGAAUUCUAAUGAGUGCAAAAGGAAUUUUGUGGCUGUCUAUGAUGGAAGUAGCUCAGUGGAGGAUUUAAAAGCUAAGUUUUGCAGCACUGUUGCUAAUGAUGUGAUGCUGCGCACAGGUCUUGGAGUAAUCCGCAUGUGGGCAGAUGAAGGCAGCCGAAGCAGCCGGUUCCAGAUGCUCUUCACAUCUUUCCAAGAACCCCCCUGUGAAGCCAACACAUUCUUUUGCCAUAGUAACAUGUGUAUUAAUAAUACAUUGGUCUGCAAUGGGCUCCAGAACUGUGUGUAUCCAUGGGAUGAAAACCACUGCAAAGAAAAAAGAAAAGCCAACAUACUGGACCAGCUUACCAAUACCAGUGGGACAAUAAUUGGGGUGACCACUUGUAUUGUGGUCCUCCUUAUCAUUAUCUCUGUUAUAGUACAGAUCAAACAGCCUCGUAAAAAAUAUGUCCAGAGGAAAGCAGACUUUGAUCAAACAGUAUUCCAGGAGGUGUUUGAGCCUCCUCACUAUGAGCUAUGCACUCUUAGAGGGACAGGGGCUACAGCGGACCUUGCAGACGUUGCAGAUGACUUUGAAAAUUAUCAUAAACUGCGGAGGUCAUCUUCAAAAUGCAUUCAUGACCACCACUGUGGAUCACAGUUAUCUAGCACUAAGGGCAGCCGUAGUAACCUCAGCACAAGAGAUACGCCUAUCUUGACAGAAAUUCAACCCCAGCCUGUAAAGCCUCUCAUACAGCCCAUGAACAGAAGAAAUAUCCUCGUAAUGAAGCAUAGCUACUCCCAAGAUGCUGCAGAUGCGUGCGAGAUAGAUGAAAUCGAAGAGGUACCAACCACGAGUCACAGGCUAUCCAGGCAUGAUAAAGCUGUCCAGCGACUGCUUGGGAAUAGUGCGAUCCUGAGUGCUUUUGAAUAUACUACAGUGAAUUGUGAAAAUCGACCCUGGAACUGCAAGCUAAAGAUGUUCUGGACUCUGACCAGCUAUUCCAAUUUCAUGAAAAAACCCCACAUCAGUCAGUAAUGAGUAAAAUUAAUGGAUGGCAAUAAGACUCUUAUUACUAUCAUUGCUAUCAUUUAUUCUUAUUAUUGUCAUCAUCCGUUUCCUUUCUUUCUUUCUAUUUAUUUUCUUCUGUUUUGUUACAAAGAAAAGAUAACCCCGUUUCAGGAAUAAAAUGAUUAAAUCAGGUACUAUUUAUCCAUUCACAAUCACUUUGGUAGAUAUAUUUGUUGGAUAUAUAAAUCUAACAAUAUGACUGAACUCAACAAUGAGGAACUGAUUUGCAUGUAUGUUGCUGAAUAUUUGAGUUGGCAAACAACAACAAAAAUCCCUUUGAUGAGAUACAUUGUAAAAAGCAUGCAUCCAUACUUACUGCUGUUCCUAUCCAUUUCUUUGUGUCACAUG